UCUUGUUACAGUUUUUAUCAUUUGAUUCCUUUAAUGAGAAUUGGCCUAACACAAGCAAAUUUUCUCAAAGUAUUCUAAGAAAGACGUUACACACCAGUAACUCGUUACACACCAGACGUUAAUAAGAAUCUUUCUAGAUCAUAUUGAUAUUGCCAUAUUUCACACUUUCCCAAUUCUGCAUUUUCAAUAUUCGGCACUUUCCAUAUUCUGCAGUUGCAAUACUCUCCGAACACGCUUGUAGUUGUAAAGUUCAAAGCAACCGUAUUCAAGUCAAUAAAAUUCUUAUUGAGACUGAGAAAGAUUUGUCUUUUUUAACUCUCCCUUUCUUUUUAAAGUGAAUCCCCUCGCCCUCUGAAAAUUUGAAUCUGGACAAAUCAGGCAAACAUCUGCAGUUAAAAUAGUGCAGCUUGUCCUUCUUUUCGAACACCAUCAAUGUUAUCCAAAGAGAAAGCACGAUUGAUGGCAAGUAAUGAUAAACAUUAUACCUUACAUUGUUUCAUAAACCAAUAAAAGCCUCUAAAAUCAUAAAAUGCUUUUGAUUGCUCCUUGCUUGAUUCGUAAGAGCCUCUCAAAGUAGUCUAUCGCCACGGUUGCAGUCUCCAAACUUGGGGAACUUCUCGAAAUCACUGAACAAACAAGAACAGAACUUUGAACAAGCGACACAUUUCAAGGGAGGGAUUUUAGAGGCAAGGGUGGCGGGGGGCGUUGUCAGAUAAAGAUUGGAUUGUUGUGCAUCACCCUUCACCCUAUUUUUAUAACUAUACAUAUUCAGCUGACGAGAAGAUAAGAAGAUAAAUAAAGCAAAAUCUGAGCGUCAUUUUAUUGCUACGGGCUAUACCAAAAAUAAAUUUUUACCGAAUCAAAGCAAAAUAUUGGGGAUGCCACACACCCAGACUCAGGAUGCCACACCCCCAGACUCAUGGAUAAGCCAGUCCGUGCACACCUCUGUGUGGUUCUGAAAUGGCGAGCUAGAGUAAGCAGCACAAUCCGUUAAAUAGCAACCAAUACAGAAAUUGAGAUUCAAAAACGUAGAGUAAAAACAGAUGUGAUGGUCUGAACAGAAAAAGAAAUUCUUUUAAUAACCUGAGGAGUUCUGUCAAACCGAGAAACAACAAAGGAACAGAAUGGUUUGCCUCUUUUCUUUUGAUCGAAAAGUAUGUUUUUCAUUCGAUCAUUAAUAUUUUAUGAGAUCUAUAUCCCUAAGCAUGGGCUGGAAUUUUUUGUGUUGUUCUCCCUGAAAUGUAAAAAUAGAACUCAAUAAACAAACAUUUGAUAACACGUAUAGUUGAAAUUUAAAGAAAGUCGUACAUGUAAACAUGCUUUGUACUUUUGAUUGUAUUUAAGCAUACAAUGUGUUUAAAAUGAACAAGAAUUGGCAAGUAAUGGCAAGCAUAAAACCAAAGGCAGACCCCCGGUGUAAACGGCUGACUGAGAGUGGUUUUGUCGUACAAAUUUUACAACAGCCUUUGAUCCGAUGUGGUGUGUGUGCGGUCGCAGUAUACUUUCGUAGCUUAACAUUAUUGAAAGCGUGUGCUAAGGUGUUAUUUACAGGCUUUAUUUGGUGAAAUUUUAUAUCUUUGAGCGAAGGAACAGUCAACAAUUGCAUUCAUUACGAAAAUCUGAAUUACGAAUUCAGAAAUUGGAAGAAACGACCGGUAUCUAAGAAGCAAAUUACCAAUGGAUUACUUAUGGGGUCCCAAAGAGGUGUACUGGUUUGUCCUGAAGAGCACCAAGGAUAGAUUCUGAAUGAGCGAAACGCCCUUGGAUUGUAACCGCGCAAAGACAGCCGUGAUAAUGAAUAAGUUUAUUGCCAUUAACUACUAUGUACAUAGGAAAACAAAAGUUGAAAAGGGAGAUUUACUCAGCAAUGAAGCAAAGUAAAGACAGCAAACUACAACAGAGGAAGCUGCCAAAACUGCCAACUUUUAAAAGCGAAGUAAAGGGGGAUUUUGGAAACUUUAACCUGAUUAAAAGACGACAUACUCAUAGUGAUCUACUGUCGCUAUCGAGCGGUAGCCAACGACGUGUUUGCGGCGUAACUUCCGAAAUUAUUGAGAUAAUCAGAGCAGCAGAAACUGAACAGUCGCACAAGCAGGUUAAGAUGGACUCAGUCAGACGCCAGGCGAACUACACCGAAGAGUUCUCACAAGAUAAUAUUGUGAUAGUUGAAGGAUCGUCUCAAAGAAUUGCCGGAAUACUUGAUAUAUUUCAGGAUGACCAAGGAUUUUGGAUUCGCAAGAUCGAAAUAACGAAAGUUCCUGGCCAAGGCCUAGGAUUCUUCAUAAAGCGAGGCAAUGGAUUCGAUCGCAAAAACGGGGUUUUUAUUUCACGAGUUUCGCUUGGUAGCAUACUAGACGUGUACGGGCUAUUGCAUACGGGCGAUGAAGUCUUAGAGGUAAAUCGAGUCAAUCUACGUGGAUUUCCGCUGGAAGACGUUGCGUUAAUGAUGCAAAUCCCAGAUAAACUCUUACUCACGACAAAAUCUCGCGUUCCAUUAAAUACAAGAGCGAAAACUUCUGCAAAAAACGGAAAGACCAAGACAAAGAAUUCACAGAAAGAGCACAGACACGAUAAGGUAAUUAAGCAGCUAAGCUUCCCGGACGAAGACACAAAUAUGAACUCUUUUGGAAUACAAAACAAGCAUAUUCUUAAGCCGCUGGCGGAAUCUUUAUUGAAACCUGCAAAAUUUUUCACAAUAAAUGGUAGAAUUGAAACAAGUAUUCCAGACAGUGCCAGAUCUCUGAAAAACUCAGACAAAAGUCCAUCUUCGGAUAAAAGAAACCAGCCGUCGAAGCAGAAGCAAGCAGAAAUGGUAUCUCCAUUACAGUCUUCUGAGAGCCCUGACAGCGGAAUAGAAGCAACCCCUAGUGUUGAUGGUCUUAGAAGCUUGCCUUAUAUUCCUUCAAAAUCAGCGAAAAGUCCAAGAAAGUUGCCAACACCACCGCCUGUUUCAGAGCGAAAAGUCUCGAAUGAAGUCUUCGACAACUUAUUCGAAUCGAACGGAUUUCCAAACAGCCCAACGUCGUCGAACCAGGGACAAGCAGGCUUCAAACGGGCUGAACUUUACAGGGUACAAAGCAAUGAUAAUGGUGAUGGGGUUUCAACUUCAGAACCCAUGAAGCCAGCACUAGUGCUUGAGACAGAAAAGGAAGCUGCUCAGUCAAGGGCCUUGCAGAGCUCUGACCCGCGCUCGGUGAAAGAUCCUCGAAGGACACUGUCUGUAAGUGAGGCGCCUAAGAUUUCAAACAAAAUGGGAUUCUUACGAGCAUUUUCCACAUCUUCAAGCCAAAAGACACCAAAGGGACAAAGGAAAGAGACAAAAACUGAGCCAGAACGCACUUAUGAACCGUAUCUAAGUGACGAUUUAAACUCAGAAAUGCAGUUCACGAGAGCAUUUUCAGGCAUGUUGUCAGUCCAUAUCGACAGAGUUACGAGAAUCCGAUCAAAGUCAUCCAAAAGUCAAUUCUAUUGUACUAUCGAAAUCGACGAUGAAUUCAAAGCUUCGACGAGUAAAACAAGCGACUACUCGAAUCAAACAGUUUGUUUCGACGAACAAUUCGACAUCGAAAUGAGCCACGCAAGCGAGCUUACGAUGUACGUUUUCGAAAUUGGCGCUGACAAGCACCACAGCCUAUGCGCGAAUGGCGUUGUUUUUCUUGAAAAAGUGCUAAGCACUUCAGGCUCCCGAUCAAUUGCUUUGACAUUAGAAGGCUCUGGGGUGGUAAACAUAUCAUUGGACUUUACAGAAGCGGUGAAAUAUCUUAAGCGUACGCCUUCAAGUCGCAAAAGGGGCGUUUUUGGCUUUAACAUUGUAUCGACGCUUGACGAAGAGCGUAACACAAUACCUAAAAUUGUUCGAAAGUGCGUGGAUGAGAUUGAGAAACGGGGGAUGCACAUCGUUGGGAUCUACCGAGUAAGUGGGAAUGCCAAAAAGAAAAGGCUUUUAAAAGCUGAAUUUGACGCGGAUAGUGGAGCCGUUGAUGUUUCUGCGGAUAGCGGGAUUGACUGUAAUGUUCUUUCAGGCAUUAUCAAAGACUAUUUGCGCGAGUUACCGGAGCCUCUGAUUCCCGAGCAUGUCAUGCAGUUAGUCACUAACGCUAAGAUGGCAGCUUUGUCACCAGAUAUGAGCAAGAGACAGAACAUCUUGGGCGACGUAAUUAGAAAGCUACCCUAUGGAAGCAGGGCCACGUUGAUAUACAUAAUGGAUCACUUGAUAAGGGUACAAGAGCAGAAAGACAUAAACAAGAUGGACAUUACUAAUCUUUCUGUUUGCUUUGGACCUGUCCUAAUGUGUCCUGCGUCGACACAAGCUGUACCGGAUUUCAAGAAAAUAAACGACGCGCUUGAAUACUUGCUUAAAAUUUGGCCUAAAAAUCACGAGCGUGGGGUUGAGAUUGAAAUUACUAACAUGUAACUAAAAUGAAAUAUACUCGAGAAAAAAUUGAGAGAAAAUUCGAUUGUGGGUAGUAGAAGUGGGACCAUUAUCACAAAUAUUAAAUUGUAAAACAAAAAGGUUUUAUAAACAAAGUUUUAUAUAUAUUCAUUAUAAUUUAAAGUUAUAGAAGGUAUAAACAAUAUAGCUAGUUUAGUAGGGAAAAUUUUCUUACAACUGGUAAAGUGUUUAGGUUUUGUAUCUAUUUGCUUAGUAAAAAAGGACUUUCAGAAGUAUGUACAAUUUGAGUUGAAACUAUCACUAGCUGAUGACUACGAGUUUCAUUCAAUUCGCAUUCGUUCAAAUUACAUAAAAUAAUAGCCAGUUUGUAACAUAGUCAGUUAUUAUUAGAAAGAUUGACAAUUGGAGAAACUUACGAGGAAACGGUAAUAUAAUACAUUUAUCAAUACUACAGUCUUCAGCGUAGUAUUUUCCCAUAUAUCUAAAAUGUGAUGUUUAAGAUGUUGAAUGUAAGCAACGAGCUAACUGAUUACAUCUCUGCGAACGGGUUUCCACUCAGAAAUUAGAUUGAAGAUAAAUAAAUAAACAGAGAGAAUUUUUCCAAUGUCUUGUUAGCUACCCAUCUACCAAACUCAGGCUUUAAAAGUGCUACGUCUUUUCGAGUUUAUAGUAUAAAAGAUAAUUUUGAAAAAGGCUUAGUUCCCUUGCUAUUUUACUAAAUCUGACAAGUGAGCUAAGAAUGUGUUGUAGUGGAACCUCAAGUGCUGAUAUUGACAAUUGCUAUGACAAUGAUCUUCUUUAUCAAAAAUUCUAGAAACAUUUCAGCAAAAUUCGUGAACCAAAAGCGGUAAUAUCAGUUACCUAAGCCCCUCCAAAGAAGUCUCAGUUUUUGAAUGAUACACUCAUUUAAUCUUGCUCUUUUUACAAUUAGUGUGAAAAACCAGGUUAACGCUCAUUCUGUACGUCCUCGCAAUCCUGCGAAAUUAUCGAGUUUAACUCAAAUAUGCUCGAUGUAGUCAAAUUUCACAGGAAUCCUUAUACGUUGUGUUCUCUUCAAUGCUUUGAUUAAUGCAAAGGGGCCUGAGCCAGAUGGUUAAUAACCGUUAAAGUUUUGUUAAAUUGAGUUAUAAUCAGCUUUAAAAUUGCAUUCACGUAUGAACUGCAGAAUGCGAUAAUUUGAAUUUCGAAUGUAAAUAGUUUGUUUUGUACUUGAGUUUAUAAAGUGUUGAUACAGGUUAGUAUAUUGUUGUUCAAAAUAAAUAAAGCUAGGCUUUCCAGCUUUAUUGGCAUUUAUCAGAAGUUAAUAUAUUGAAAGCAAAUUACUCAAUCGUGCUGUUCUUUAAAGCGUAUGGAUUCGUUUGAUAGGCACCUUGGAGCGUUGCGAAAGUGGGGAGGGGGAUGUUAAACCGAAUAAAACAAGCCUGCAUGUCCCAUUUCUUAAUUCUUUAUGUUUUUGGCAAAACGUUUGGGGCCAUAGCCCUCAACUCCCCCUGCUCCGCAGUGCCUGUCAUAUGAUACUCUGCUACAGCAGAGACUCUUGAGAUUUUUUGGGCAGCCUCUAAAGUUUCCAUGCCAGAGGGCAGGAAAGCAGGGGCUGGAGGGGGGGUUAGCUUUAACCCAAUAAUUACCAAAAUGUACUACCCAAAAUGAACAAUGAAUCACAAUUUUUUGGAUCAAGAAUGUUGAAAUGAAAUCUUCUCAAAGUAUGUUCUUUGAUAUGGGUUUUUAACUUCUGAGACUUCUACACUGUCAAUCAAUCAACCAAAUCAUUACAUUACAAUCAAUCAAUCAAUCAAUCAGCUUUAUUAAUGUGUCAAAAAUAUUUGGCUAACAAGCUAAUUGUCUACUGCAGUGACCACAAAGAUCUAACUUUACUUUUACGUGGUCAACCAGGACUGAUAAAAAAGGACCCAUCAAAUGCCCAUUGUUCCUGUAAGUGACCUUCCAUCCUCAUCAACAUGAACAU